AUGGCAGCGACGUAUGAUGUCGGCACCAAGGCCUGGCAGCCCGAUGCCACCGAAGGCUGGGUUGCCUCCGAGGUCGAGCAGAAGAACGUUGACGGAGAGAAGGUCACGCUGAUCUUCCAGCUGGCCAAUGGAGAGGUAUGCCCACAACAAGACCAAACAAACCCUGGAGUACGGCGCUCAUGGCUCGCUGCANNGACAAAAUCAAUCGAGACAACACUGGCUGCAAUCGCAGACGGCAAAGACCCAAAGCUGCCGCCGCUGAUGAACCCAACAAUGUUGGAGGCCUCUGACGAUUUGACCAAUCUUUCGCAUCUGAAUGAGCCCGCAGUGUUACAAGCCAUCAAACUACGAUAUGCACAGAAAGAAAUUUACACAUACUCGGGUAUCGUCCUUAUUGCUACCAAUCCCUUCGCCCGCGUCGACUCGCUCUAUGUACCGGGAAUGGUCCAGAUCUACGCCGGCAAGCAGCGCCAAACACAAGCCCCGCAUUUGUUUGCUAUAGCAGAGGAGGCCUUCGCGUACGUGCGAAACACACCAGCGCCAUACCUAUAUGCUAACACAACACAGNNGGAUAUGCUGAGAGAUGGCCGUAACCAGACCAUUGUCGUUUCAGGAGAGUCAGGUGCCGGAAAGACCGUUUCCGCCAAAUACAUCAUGCGCUACUUUGCGACGAGAGAAUCUCCCGACCAGCCUGGCUCUCGCUCAAAGGGCCGCGUUGAAAGCAUGAGCGAGACUGAAGAGCAGAUUUUGGCUACCAACCCCAUUAUGGAAGCUUUCGGUAACGCAAAGACAACCCGCAACGACAACUCGUCCCGUUUCGGAAAGUAUAUUGAGAUCAUGUUUGACAAGAAGACGGACAUCAUUGGUGCGAGAAUCAGAGUAUACCUGCUCGAGCGUUCGAGAUUGGUCUUCCAGCCACUCAAGGAGAGGAACUACCACAUCUUCUAUCAACUUGUCGCUGGUGCUUCGGAUGCUGAAAAGGAAGAGCUUGGCUUGAUACCCGUCGAAGAGUUUGACUAUCUCAACCAGGGCAAUGCUGCCCAGAUUGAUGGUCUGGAUGACGCCAAGGAGUUCAGCGACACCAAGGAGGCCCUGACCAGAAUCGGUGUUUCUACAGAACAGCAGUCCUCGAUCUGGAAAAUCCUCGCUGCUCUGUUGCAUAUCGGAAACAUCAAGAUCAUCGCUACUCGCACCGACUCGAACCUCUCCGCUACCGACCCUUCUGUUGUCAAGGCUUGCGAGCUCCUUGGAAUUGAUGCCGAAAGCUUUGCCAAAUGGACAGUCAAGAAACAGCUUGUCACUAGAGGUGAGAAGAUUACAUCAAACCUGACCCAACAGCAAGCCACCGUCGUCCGUGACUCGGUCGCCAAGUAUAUCUACUCUAGCUUGUUCGACUGGCUGGUCGAGAUCCUCAACAGCAGUCUGGCCACUCCUGAGGUCCUCGAAAACGUCAACUCUUUCAUCGGUGUCUUGGAUAUCUACGGUUUCGAGCACUUUGCAAAGAACUCCUUCGAACAGUUCUGUAUCAACUAUGCCAACGAGAAGCUCCAGCAAGAGUUUAACCAGCACGUCUUCAAGCUCGAACAAGAAGAAUAUCUUCGCGAAGAGAUUGACUGGAAGUUCAUUGAUUUCUCUGACAACCAGCCUUGUAUCGAUCUGAUUGAAGGCAAGCUUGGUGUUCUUGCCCUGCUGGAUGAAGAAUCAAGACUGCCCAUGGGUUCCGAUGAAUCUUUCGUUACCAAGCUCCACACCAGCUUCGGCGACAGCAAGUCAAAGUUCUUCAAGAAGCCUCGUUUCGGAAAGUCGGCCUUCACUGUCUGCCAUUAUGCUGUUGAUGUCGCAUACGAGUCUGACGGAUUCAUCGAGAAGAACAGAGAUACAGUUCCCGACGAGCACAUGGAGGUUCUUCGUGCCUCGUCCAACGCUUUCCUUACCGAGAUUCUCGAGGCUGCUUCUGCUGUGCGCGAGCGCGACACCGCAGCUGCUCAAACCAAGCCUUCCGCUGUUACAGCUCCCGGAAAGAGACCUGGUGCUGCCACGGCAAGAAAGCCUACUCUUGGUGGUAUCUUCAAGUCGUCUUUGAUUGAACUGAUGAGCACCAUCAACUCUACCGACGUGCACUACAUCCGCUGUAUCAAGCCCAACGAAGCCAAGGAAGCCUGGAAAUUCGAAGGUCCCAUGGUCUUGAGUCAACUGCGUGCUUGUGGUGUUCUUGAGACCGUCAGAAUCAGUUGUGCUGGCUAUCCUACAAGAUGGACCUACGAAGAGUUUGCCCUUCGAUACUACAUGCUUGUACCAUCAACACUAUGGACCUCCGAUCUCAGAGACAUGGCCAACGCUAUCUUGACUCAGGCACUUGGCGGAGCUGCCAACGAUGCUACAAGCAAGUACCAGCUUGGUCUGACCAAGAUCUUCUUCCGUGCCGGAAUGCUUGCCUUCCUCGAGAACCUGAGAACCAGCCGCCUCAACGAUGCGGCUAUCAUGAUCCAGAAGAAUCUUCGUGCCAAAUACUACCGCCGCCGCUACCUCGAAGCAAUCGGCUCUGUUCGUGGGUUUCAGUCCCUUGUGCGAGGAUGCGUCGCACGGCGCAAUGCAGACGAUGCGCGGCGCACGAAAGCUGCCACCACAAUCCAACGGGUGUGGAGAGGCCAAAAGGAACGGAAGAACUUCUUACUUGUCCGCAACAAUCUCAUCCAGUUCGAAGCGGCGACCAAGGGAUACCUCUGCCGCAAGAACAUUCUGGACACGAGACUAGGAAAUGCUGCUCGUACCAUUCAGAGAGCUUGGAGAUCUGGUCAGCAGCGCAAGGAAUGGACCGACUACAGACGCAAGGUGGUUCUCGUCCAAGGUCUGUGGAGAGGUAAGCAAGCUCGUAAGGCUUACAAGGGUUUGCGUGAGGAGGCUAGAGACCUCAAGCAAAUUUCAUACAAGCUUGAAAAUAAGGUCGUCGAGCUUACCCAGUCGCUUGGCGCUGUGAGAACCGAGAACAAGGCUCUCAAGCAUCAAGUACAAAACUAUGAGAAUCAGCUCAACACCUGGAAGAACCGUACACAGGGACUGGAGCAAAGGGCAAAGGAGCUCCAGGCAGAGGCAAACCAGGCUGGCAUGAGCGCUGCCAAGGUUGGUCAGCUCGAAGAAGAAAUGGCCAAACUGCAACACAGCUACGAGGAAUCUGCGACCAGUAUGCGCAGACUUCAGGAAGAGGAAAAGACAUUACGCGAAUCGCUCCGCGUGACCACGGAAGAGUUGGAGAACUCAAGGCAGAGCAUCAACGUUUCCGAGACCGAGAAAAUGUCGUUGAGGCAACAGUUGGCAGAACUUCAAGAUCAGCUGGAGCAUGCCAAGCGUGCUGCUCCUAUCAAUGGCGAGAUGACCAAUGGCGCCGCCGGUCAGCCCAGUGGUCUCAUCAACCUUGUUUCGUCAUCUUCAAAGAAGCCCAAGCGCCGCAGUGCUGGCUUCGAGCCUACCAACACCGACAGAUUCAGUGGUACUUUCAACCCUCGGCCCGUAUCGAUGGCAUUCGGUGCUACUAGCGGUCAUCAGCAAACUCUUUCCGGAUCUACCUUCAAGCCUGACUUGGAGAAUGUUGAGAUGGAGCUUGAGAACCUGCUUGCCAAUGAAGAUUCUCUGAACGAUGAAGUAUCAAUGGGUCUUAUCAGAAACCUCAAGAUUCCUUCUCCUGGAUCUACACCACCACCUACCGACAAGGAAGUCUUGUUCCCAGCAUAUCUUAUCAACCUCGUUACCUCUGAGAUGUGGAACAAUGGCUUCGUCAAGGAGUCCGAGCGCUUCCUUGCCAAUGUUAUGCAGUCUAUUCAGCAAGAGGUUAUGCAGCACGAUGGCGACGAGGCAGUCAACCCUGGUGCUUUCUGGCUCUCAAACGUCCACGAGAUGCUCUCGUUCGUCUUCCUUGCUGAAGACUGGUACGAGGCACAAAAGACUGACAACUUUGAAUACGACCGUCUUCUCGAGAUUGUUAAGCACGACUUGGAGAGUCUUGAAUUCAACAUCUACCACACUUGGAUGAAGGUGUUGAAGAAGAAGCUGCACAAGAUGAUCGUUCCUGCCAUCAUUGAGUCUCAAUCACUUCCUGGCUUUGUCACCAACGAGAGCAACCGCUUCCUUGGCAAGCUUCUGCAAUCCAACAACGCUCCUGCCUUCAGCAUGGACAAUCUACUUUCCCUCCUCAACAACGUGUUCAAGGCCAUGAAGGCAUUCUACCUCGAAGACUCCAUCAUUACCCAAACCAUCACUGAGCUUCUCCGACUUGUUGGUGUAACCGCCUUCAACGAUCUUCUCAUGCGCCGUAACUUCCUCUCAUGGAAGCGUGGUUUGCAAAUCAACUACAACAUUACCAGAAUCGAGGAAUGGUGCAAGAGCCACGAUAUGCCUGAGGGUACUCUCCAACUUGAGCACCUCAUGCAAGCCACAAAGCUUUUGCAGCUCAAGAAGGCGACACUCAACGACAUUGAGAUCAUCCAGGACAUUUGCUGGAUGUAA